GGUGCCGGUGAUAGUCAUGUGCCCUAGGAAGAUGGCGGCGGUUGGGCUGCUGUUGCUGCUGCUGUCGGUGUUCGGUGAGGAGGGGAGAGCGGAGCCUGCUGCGGGGCCCCCAGUGCGGGUGUACGGACAGGUCGGCCUCAAUGACUCUCACAAUCAGAUCGUCGUCCACUGGGCCGGUGAGCAAAGUAACGUCAUUAUGGGACUGACCAGAGACAGCCUGGGCUCAGGGGGCACAAAAAACAGCAAUGUCUAUGUCUCCUACGACUAUGGGAAAAGCUUUGAGAGAAUAUCGGAGAAGUUCCGCUACGCAAAUGGAAAUGGCGACGUCGCCACCAUGGAGCAGUUCUUCCACAGCCCGGCAGACAACAAGAGGUAUAUCUUUGUUGAUGCCGACGCGUCAUACCUUUGGAUCACGAUGGACUUCUGCGUUACGAUCAGGGGCUUCUCUGUACCCUUCAAACCUGCAGAACUUCUCCUUCACAGCACAGACUCCAACCUGGUCCUGGGAUAUGACAAAUCUCACCCAAACAAGCAGCUGUGGAAGUCGGAAGAUUUCGGUCAGACGUGGAUAAUGAUCCAGGAACACGUCAAGUCUUUUUUCUGGGGCUUUGCUCCACUUGACAAACCAAACACCGUUUAUGUAGAACGGCAUGAGCCUCGUGGCACCUCCAUUGUCCUGCGCAGCACCGACUUCUUCCAGUCUCGUGACAACUCUGAGAUAAUAAUCGAGAAUGUAGACGGCUUUCAGCUUCGGGAAAAUUACAUGUUUGCCACAAAGACGGUGCAUCUUUUGGGCAGCAAAGACCCUUUCUCGGUGCAGUUAUGGGUUUCAUAUAAUCGCAAGCCAAUGAGAUCAGCCCAGUUCGUUACCCGCCAUCCAAUCACUGAAUAUUACAUUACGGAUGCAUCGGAGGAUCAAGUGUUUGUGUGCGUCAAGCACAGCAACAAUGUGACAAACCUGUACAUAUCGGAGGUGGAGGGCCUGCGCUUUUCUCUUUCACUGGAGAAUGUGAUCUACGUCAAUCCUGGAGCAGGGAAGGAGACUCUGGGCAGGUAUCUGGAGAACGAGCCAUUUGCUGAUGUCCAUCGUGUGAAGGGGGUAAAGGGCGUAUAUAUCGCCAAUGUGUUAAACAAGCCGCCCUCCAAAGAGAACGUGGCUACCGUCAUCACCUUUGAUAAAGGCGGAACCUGGGAAUUUCUUUCUACUCCCGGAUAUAACAGUUACACGGACACCACCCACUGCCCGAGCCCAAAGGACUGUCACUUGCACUUGGCACAGCCUCGCAGUCAGUUGACCUCCCAGGGGCGCGUCAUGCCCAUUGUCUCGAAGGAUUCAGCCCCGGGGAUAAUCGCAGCGACUGGUUCUGUGGGGAGGGACACGGUCGGUAAAAUUAACCUGUAUGUUUCCAGCAGUGCUGGUGUUCGAUGGCGAGAGUCCCUUCUAGGAUCGCAUUAUUGCACAUGGGGUGACCAUGGCGGCAUUCUCAUGGCAAUUGCGCAAGGCGUAGAGACCAACCAAUUAAAGUAUAGUACAAAUGAGGGAGAAACGUGGAAAACCUUCAACUUUUCAGACAGCCCACUCAUUGUCUAUGGAUUGCUGACCGAACCCGGGGAGAAGAGCACCGUGUUCACCAUCUUUGGGUCGUACAUUGGAGGAGGACACAGCUGGGUCAUAUUACAGGUCAACACAAGCGACGUCCUCGGUGUGCCAUGCGCAGAAAAUGACUAUAAAUUGUGGUCGCCCUCCGAUGAGCGAGGCAAUGAGUGCUUAUUGGGGAGCAAGACCGUUUUUAAAAGACGAACACCACAUGCCACUUGCUUCAAUGGAGAAGACUUUGAUCGGCCAAUUACAUCUUCCAACUGCUCUUGUACUAGAAAAGAUUUUGAAUGUGAUUACGGCUUUAAACUCAACCAAGACUUGAGAUUGGAGAACUGUGUCCCUGACCCUGAAUUUGCUGGAAAGCUGUACCCCAUCCCCUCGCCCUGCCCUGUGGGCACCACGUACAAGAGGAGCAGAGGUUAUCGCAGGAUUUCUGGAGACACGUGUUCUGGGGGAGACGUGGAGGUCCGACUGGACGAAGAAGAGGUCCCCUGUCCUGUAGGAGAGGAGAAUGAGUUCAUCCUGUACGCCAUGAGGAAUGCCAUUUACCGCCACGACCUGUCCUCUGGGGUCAGUGAGGAACUGCCGCUGAAGGGUCUGCGGGGUGCGGUGGCUUUGGAUUUUGACUAUGAAAGUAACUGCUUGUACUGGGCGGACGUCACAUUGGACAUCAUUCAGCGUCUGUGUCUAAAUGGCAGCUCGGGGCAGGAAGUCCUUGUUCGAGUCGGAUUGGAAACCGUAGAAUCCCUGGCAUUCGACCCAAUUAGUCACUUACUUUAUUGGGUUGAUGCUGGCAGUAAGAAAAUUGAAGUUGCCAAUCCAGAUGGGGACUUGCGGCUGACUGUUGUCAACUCCUCCGUCUUGGAAAGGCCUAGAGCCCUGGCUUUGGUUCCCCAGGAAGGGUUGAUGUUUUGGACAGACUGGGGUGACGAGCGGCACGGCAUCUACAAGAGUGAGAUGGAUGGUUCCUCGGUGAACCAUCUGGUCUAUGAUGGCAUUAAAUGGCCCAAUGGUAUUUCCGUGGAUGAAAACUGGAUCUAUUGGACUGAGGCUUACAUGGAUCGGAUAGAGAGGAUAGACUUCAAUGGACAGCAGAGAAUGGUGAUCCUAGACAGCCUACCCCAUCCCUACGCCAUAGCGGUGUUUAAGAAUCAGAUCUACUGGGAUGACUGGUCCCAGCUGAGCAUCUUCAGGGCUUCCAAAUACAAUGGAGCCCAGUCAGAGGUUCUGAUUGGCCGGUUGUCUGGAGUCAUGGACAUGAAAAUAUUCUACAAAGGAAAAUGGAAUGGUGAGAAUGCCUGCUCCUCCAGUCCCUGCAGCCUGCUGUGCCUGCCCAAAGAAAACAAAGGCCGAGUAUGCCGAUGCCCAGAUGGAGGGAAAGAGCAGACGUCGCCUACCGGGGAGGUGCUGUGUGACUGCCCACAUGGGUACCAGCUGAAAAACAGAACCUGUGUCAAGAUCGAGAACAAGUGUCUGCCCAGCCAGUACCGCUGCAGUAAUGGAAACUGUAUCAGCAGCAUCUGGCAGUGUGACAAUGACAACGACUGCGGAGACAUGAGUGACGAGAAAGACUGCCCAACCACAUCAUGUGACCCAGAUACUCUGUUCAGAUGCCAGGAAUCGGGGACCUGCAUCCCAUUGUCCUAUAAGUGUGACCUGGAGGAUGACUGCGGAGACAACAGUGAUGAGAGCCACUGCGAGGCACACCAGUGUAAGGAUGAUGAGUUUAACUGUACUUCCGGGAUGUGUAUCCGACAGUCCUGGGUGUGUGACGGGGACAACGACUGCAGGGAUUGGUCUGACGAGGCCAACUGCUCAGCUGUCUCCCAUACCUGUGAGCCAUCCAGCUUCCAGUGUCAUGAUAGCCACUGCAUUCCUCAGAGGUGGGUGUGUGACGGCGACUCUGACUGCCAGGACGGCUCCGAUGAAGAUCACAGCAUCUGCGAGAAGAAGUGUAAUGGUUUCCACUGCAGCAAUGGGACGUGUAUCCCUCUGGGCAAACACUGCAAUGGUGUAAAGGAUUGCCCUGGAGGCGAGGAUGAGCAAACCUGCGAGCCCCUGUGUACACGCUACAUGGAUUUUGUGUGCAAGAACCGCCAGCAAUGCUUGUUCCACGCAAUGGUGUGUGACGGAGAGACACAGUGCCGUGACGGGUCUGAUGAGGAUCCUGCAUACGCUGGAUGUUCACGAGGUCCAGAAUUUAAAAAGAGUUGUGAUCCGCAGAGCUUCUCGUGUCUGAAUGGCGUCUGUAUUAGCCUGGAGUGGAAGUGUGAUGGAAUGGACGACUGUGGAGACUACUCGGACGAAGCAAACUGCGAGAACCCUACAGAUACCCCUGCCUGCGCCCGUCUCUACCAGUUCCAGUGUGAGAACAGGCACUGUAUUCCUACACGAUGGAAAUGUGACGGGGAGGACGACUGUGGGGACUGGUCAGAUGAAAAGGACUGCGGUGAGAGUAUUCCACAGACCACUGUGAGGCCUUCCACGUGUCCCGCCAACCAUUUCCGCUGCGACAAUGGGGUCUGCAUCAUGAACACAUGGGUGUGUGAUGGCUACAAGGAUUGUAUCCAUGGCUCUGACGAGGAGGGUUGCCCCACAACUGUGAACUCCACAGUGCCCACCACCACAUCACAGGGCCGCUGCAACCUCUUUCAGUUUGAGUGCCAGAAGUCAAAGUACUGUAUACCCAAGUGGAAGCAAUGUGACGGCUUCAGAGAUUGCCAAGAUGGAACAGAUGAGCUUCGCUGCCCCACUCACAGACCUUCUGCCUGCAUUAAUGGGACACUGUGUGAAGACGGCGAGGCCUGCUUACCUCUGUCGGACCGAUGCGAUGGCUUCCUGGACUGUUCUGAUAGUAGCGAUGAAAAUAACUGUACCGAUGACAGCGUAGUAUACAAGGUGCAGAACCUACAGUGGACGGCUGAUUUCACUGGAAAUAUAACCCUGACCUGGGCUCGACCAAAGAAGAUGCCUCUGGCAUCCUGCGUUUAUUCUGUCUCUUACAGGGUUAUAGGGGAGAGCACAUGGAAGACGGUAGACACACACAGCAACAAGACUGCCUUUGUGUUAAAGAUCCUGAAGCCCGACACUACCUAUCAGGUCAAAGUACAGGUGCAGUGCCUGCGCAAAAUACACAACAGCUACGACUUCAUCACCCUAAGGACUCCUGAAGGGCUCCCUGAUGCACCUCAGCACCUCAACCUUGUGUUGAAUAAAAAUAUUCCCUUCACCAUCACGGGCUGCUGGUCUCCCCCUGCAAACACUCAUGGGCUCAUCCGAGAGUAUGUGGUAGAGUACAGUGUUAACGCUGCCAAGGUUUGGACAUCCUACAGUACGCCGAGCCUUUGCUAUGAUAUCAGGUUCCAGGAGUCCAGCUCUGUCUACCUGAUCAGGGUUGCUGCCAUUACCAGCAGAGGGAUGGGGGAAUGGAGCGAUACCAAGACUAUCACCACUGACUGGAAAAAAGUUGUGCCGCAACCCACCAUAAAGAUCCAGAAUGUCGGUGAAGACUCGGUGGGAAUCACAGUGAAGGAAGACUCUGAUAUUCCGAUAACGGGCUAUACGGUGUCUUUAUCAUGGGAAUUUGACAAACAUGUGCGGGAGAAGAAGACUUGGGAGAUUGCCGGACAGUCUGUGACCCAAAAAGUGGGCAAUCUAACGGCGCAGACGGAAUACGAGAUCUCAGCCUGGGCCAAGUCGGAGUUUGGAGAGAGCCCUGUGGCCUUUGAGCAUUUCAACACCACGGGCAUCAGACCGUCGGCGCCAAGCCUUAAGGCGAAAGCGACCAAUCAGACAGCAGUGGAGUGCAGUUGGGUUGGCGUGAAGAAUGUGACAUAUGGAUUGUUCUAUGCCACAUCUUUCCUCGAGCUGUACCGUAACCCUCAGAAUAUCACAACAACGCUACACAACAUCACAGUCAUCGUGAACAGAGAUGAGCAGUACUUAUUCCUGGUCCGCGUUAUGCGCCCUUAUCGGGGCCCCCCAUCCAACUAUGUUGUGGUCAAAAUGAUUCCUGAUAAUCGGUUACCGCCUCGUGACCUGCAUGCUGUGAUCACUGAAAAAGCAUUUGUUAUAAUGAAGUGGGAGUCUCCGUAUGAUUCGCCGGACAGUGAAUUGUACUACAUUGUGUCUGUGAAGGAUCUGAUUACAAAGACAGAGAGGAGCUUCAAAGUGAUUACUCAAAACAGCACGAUCGAGUACAGGAUCGGGAAUCUGGAGCCAGGCGGCAAAUACAAUGUCAUCAUCCAACUAAGAAACAUGAGCAAAGAAGCCAGCAUUAAAGUGAACACAGUUCCUCUCCAGGCGCCAGAAGGUCUGAAGCUUGUCUAUGAGAGAGAUCACAUUCUGCUGUUCUGGAAGAGCCUGGCCCUGCGAGAAAAAUUCUUUAAUGAGUCCAGAGGCUAUGACAUUCACGUGUAUGACAGCUCUAAUAAUGUAUCCACCUACCUUGGUAAUACCAGCGACAACUUCUUUCGAAUUUCCAACCUGAAGCCGGGCCACAACUACACCUUUACUGUGCAGGCGCGAUGUCUGUAUGGCGGUCAGCUCUGCGGAGAUCCAGCACUGCUCCUCUAUGAUCAGCUUGGGACUGGUAUGGACUCUGUGCCCUCCACCAGUGUCCAGUCCACGGAUGUCGCCGCUGUCGUUGUCCCAGUUCUAUUCUUGCUGCUAGUGGCUACCGGCUGCGGUUUUGUCAUACUGUAUAUGCGGCACCGACGGCUGCAGAACAGCUUUACAGCAUUUGCCAACAGUCACUACAGUUCACGUUUGGGGGCUGCCAUCUUCUCUUCCGGGGACGAUAUAGGUGAAGACGAUGACGACGCUCCGAUGAUCACUGGCUUUUCAGACGAUGUCCCGAUGGUGAUAGCAUGAAUCUGCAUUCUUCUCUUUAAACCAAAUGGUGUAAAUAUUUCUUCUCCCAGGAAAUUGUGGGAUGGUUUCCUUGUUUUAUUAUUUUUAUUUUAAAAGAUGCACUUUGAGUUGCAAUAUCUUAUUUUUAUAUGGGCCAAAAAAAAAUGAACUUUGUAAUUACUCAACUGUGAAAUGCAAAACGAGUUUAAAAACCAAAUACUGACGGUUCCUGAAUGGAGGUUUUGACCCCUUUGGCCCUGAGAUCCACCCCCCCCCCCUCUUUUUUGCUCUCCCCUAUGCAGGGAUGCCUUGCCCCACCCAUUUUCUGUAAAUGCAGUGAUUGCAAUCUGGCGUUGCGGUCGUGUUUAGAGGGGUCACGAUUAAAACGUGAGACCCGUGUACAGAUGAUCCUAAGGUGCCUUACUGACUUCUCAGAGAUUCUGGGUACUGGAGACCACACAGUGAGAUGCUGAGGGGUUCCAAACAGCCUUGUUUUGGAGCGAAGUCCUGUGGGUUCCCCUUUGACAUUCGGCUGCAGCGCUAAGGGGGUUAACGUUGGCAUUUUAGGACUGAAUUUGCUGGCCGUUCAUCCAUGUUUCUGUAAGUCACCAGUCAAAGCCCAUUUUUAUUUUAUUUUUUAAAUUCAUUAAGACCCACACUGUGUUUCACUGUCCUGUGCAUGGGCUCGCUGGUGCAGAGGGAAUGUCGAAUAGUGCAUUUUCCCUAUUGCAUGACUUUGGAUUGAUUUAAAAAUGGUGGCAAAAUUGGUACCAUUUUUUACUCUUGGAGCAGAGGUUUCUGCGCUGUACUGCACCUAAAGCCUAUGGAGACCUCUGCAACACUGGCUGUACACUUUGCAAUUUUGGGUAGCUCAGUAGUAGCUGAAAUUGACUGAAAAUUGUCGAUAUAAUCUUAAAUGCCAGAAAGAAAUCGCUCUACGGCCUACCACCAUAACUCAAGCUGAAACUGGCAAAGAAUUCCACAACGGUAAUACAUUUUUAUUGGAAAACUGAAUUGGAGCAAAAAAAAAAGGCAAUUUCAUCAACAGCAACCUACUUUUUCUAUUGGGGUCAUUUCGAUCCCAUCUCCUUGCGGUUGAUUCCACCAUUUUAUGUCUUUUAAUUGCUUUGUAAUUUUAGGAUGGAAAGUUUGAUCUGUCAAAUUUGCCAAGUGUAUGAUCAGUUUUCUUACUCUUGAUGUAGUUGAAAUUCUGCUGGGUGGGUUCUCCAAAAGUGGUACAAUUUUUUAAAAUGCAGAAAAGGCCAACUUGCCUGAAAAUUGUUUCUUUGCCAAAAAGCAUGCAAAAUGUAAGGGGAAUACACCACAAAUGCUCUUUCAAGUGCAGAAGUGUAAAAUAUUGGCUGUUGGCUUUUCUUAUAAAAUUUGUAGCGGUACUUAUAAAAAAAAAGUUUUGCUCAGUAGGAUGACUUAGUCACUUGCGUAGCACCAACGGUACUAACUUUACAUUGGUACAAAGUACCUAGGUUUGCACUAAGUGCAGUUCAAAGUGCCAAGUAUUUCCAAUAUAAAAGCAAUUUAGCCACUUGCGGCAGGAGAUUCUUGAUGGCAUAAUCCUGCCAUGCUUUUCUGCACUCUUCUACGGUUCUACAUGCAUGUUAUAUAUGUGAUCCUCCCACCAGCAGGGGGCUAAGGUGUGGGCAUGAGCCCUUGAGAGGGGACGGACGUUAUGAAAUUUUACCCCCCGCAUUGCACUCUCUUUUGUAGCUCCGUCCCGGGAAAAAUUUUAGCGGAAUGUUGCCUGUGGUGUACAUUUUUAACUUUUUUUUUUUUUUUUAUGUAAUCACAAAUGUCAAGAUUGUCUUUGUAUAUAAAGAAUGUAUUUUGUUUUUGGAAUUAUUAUUAUUCUGUAUGUGACAUGAUCGAUGUUGUGUCUGCACUUUUAUUCUGAUUCCUUCUGUGUGAAUUUAUGGGGUGUAAGUUUAAAUAUCACCUACAAGCAGGGGUACCUGUGAUUUAAAGAGGAUCUGUCACUUUGGACAUAUCUUAAUGUUUCAUGAAAGCUGUGGCCUAACAGCUGAGCUUGGCAUCCUUUUCUGCAUAUCUCUGUUCUGCAUUAGAACUUAGGUUG